AUGCUUCCUAGGGAAUUGUUGUCGUGUUUCAAACACCUAUCAGGACCGGACUUUCUGCGUCAGGAUGCCACCCGAUGGCCAGUGGUAUCAGCUACAGAGGUCACGGCUUCAUUGGAAAACUUACCGGAACUCAAAAAUUCGGAAAAAUGUAUAAUGCACAUUCACCAAGAAGAGGGCCACUGGAUGGAGCGCUUUUCUUUCUUAUCUCGGAUGCAACGUGUGGUAGGAUAUUGCCUUCGAUUUGCCAAUAGGACUCGAAGGCGCCCUGCGUUGACGGGACCUAUAUCACUUGCAGAACAAUACCAGGCUCUAUAUAGAGCCAUAAAAUACACUCAACAAAUCUAUUACUUCGAUUUAUACAAGCAAAUCGCAGCCCAUAGAAACAUUGCACCAGUCACUCUAGCUCAGUUGGCUCCCUAUGUAGAUCAAGCAGGAUUAAUUCGAGUCGGAGGACGUUUGAAACAUUCGACACUGGACGACGGCGCGAAACACCCUAUACUGCUACCACAACGGUGCCAUCUCACAGAGUUGAUAAUUCGGCAUUAUCAUCAGCUAUUGUUACACGGUGGAGCGAGAGUAGUACUUUCAAUGAUAACCCGACGAUAUUGGAUAAUGUCUGGUCGGGCUGCUGUACGUCGAACAGUUUACUCAUGUGUUCCAUGUUCAAAAUAUCGGGCCAGCACUCCUAAACCUUUUAUGGCAGACUUACCUGCCUCCCGAGUCACCGCAAAUCGGACAUUUUAUAACGUGGGUAUGGACUAUGGAGGUCCAUUCAUCGUGAAGGAGAGCCGCCGGCGUGGAGCGCGGACCCAAAAGGCGUACUUGGCAUUGUUCAUAUGCAUGGCAGUGAAGGCGGUACACUUAGAGAUCUAUUUACUCGGAUUGUGGCACAAAUUAUGUAGGUGCCGCAAAGCAGAUUACUUGCUUGAAACGAACAACGCUCGACAAGCCAUCUCUUCUCGGAUUCGGUGCGAAUGGCACUUUAACCCACCGGCCGCGCCCCACUUUGGUGGCCUAUGGGAGGCCGCAAUCAAGAGCACUAAGAUCCACUUGAAGAAGGUCAUUGGAGCACAGGUAUACACAUUGGAAGAAUUGACAACACUAGUGGUAAGAAUUGAGGGUGUUCUAAAUUCUCGGCCACUACAACCUCUGUCGAGUGACCCAAAUGAUUUAGAAGCCCUCACUCCGGGACAUUUUCUAAUUGGUCAACCACUCUUAGCUAUUCCCGAGGAAAAUGUCAUAGAUGUCGUCACCAACCGGCUAAGACGAUGGGAACUGAUUCGUCAGGCGCUUCAGUCAUUUUGGCGUCGUUGGAGCCAUGAGUAUUUACAAACUCUGCAGGGACGAAAAAAGUGGUUCCAACAAAUGGAGAACCUGGCUGUAGGGGAUUUAGUAGCAAUUCAUACACCCAAUCAUCCACCGAUGUCGUGGCAACUCGGACGCAUCAUGGAAGUUCAUCCAGGUCCAGACAAUGUCAUCCGCGUCGUAACCAUUCGAACAACUGACGGUAUUUUCAAGCGACCGGUUGUCAAGGUUACCAAGCUGCCUGUAUAAUACGAUGUUCACUUUGUACUGGUGCGUAUGGACGUCCCAUAUCCUUGUCUAUUAUCCACCACCAUGUAUGUUAUUUUGUAUUCUGAUUUCUUUAAUGUUCGUGUAUAAAAUGUUAUAGUUUAAAAUUUUACAUAAUUAGUAAUUAUCUUAGUAUUGUUUAUAAUUGUAAUGCCGUUGACUGCGCCAAAUAUAUGAAAACCAGGACAAAGUAAGUUUGAAAGCCCACUGCUUUCAAAGGCGGGAGGAUGUUCGGUGCCGACUCCGGCGGCGACAAUAUUUAUUUUUGUCGUGGGUCUACGACGAUAAGGCGUAGAAUCUUCUAGAAGACCCCACCCCCCCCCGCCGCCGUAUAGUGCAAACCGGCUUCCCGUCCGGCCGCCGCCAACAGAGGCCUACCGCCGCGGUGCACGGACUUUGUAGCAAUUAAGUCAGUCGUCGUUCCGUGCCCACCGCCGUUGUCGUAGUCGCGGUCCGUAACAUAUUUACACGUCGCGUCGCCUUUCGACAUAUUUGAUUACGGAAUCAAUACGGUGCAGUGCAUUUGCCAUCGGUGGCAUAUAAUUUUGUGUAACGUCGUGAGUGCGAACGGGCGACUCGGUUAUUAUUAAAUUGUCAAUAUAACUGUUUGAAGUACGCGGGUACGUAAAGCAGUAACGGGCAAGAUGGCCGAUUAAUAAUCGGUAGUUAGUGAUCGCGCGCGGGUGCAAUCUAACCGGACGCCGAACGUGCGUCGGACAUUCGGGCCUGUGUGUACGAUGUGUCAUCUGGGCGAGGAGACGUCGUAUCACAUGCAUAAUUAGUGUGGUUCAGCCAUCGACCAGCAACGUGGAUCGCGGGAUCAGAACGGGCAAGCAGGCGUCAUGGAGGGUCAUAAGGACAGUCGAGUGGUCGGCGGCAACAACCGGUAACGCGGUAUCACGACAGUGAUACGCGCUUUUAUUAUCAUUGAUUGUAUAUCAACAAAUUAUUGUUUAUGAUACCAUAUCAUUGUUUUGUAAUUUGUUUUGUUUAUUUUUCUUAUAUUGCCUUCGCGGCGUUUUGUAUUAUUAUUAUAAUAUAUUGUCUCGAAUAUCGAGCAAUCGGUUCAAUAUUAUAUUAUAUAGUAGGUGGGCGCCUACAUCCCUCACAUAUGUAUUAUACGGAUGCUAAUUAUCAUUUAUAUUUAUUUUAUGUUGUGUGGUGUAUAUCAUUUUAAUACAGUCCAUUUUUUUAGAUUGAAAA